AUGGAAGCCCCCGGGGAGGCUGGCAAAGGCCCCCUUGGAGUCCCCAGCCCAACCAGCCCCGAUCCAACGCACCUGGAGGGAGAAAAGCCGGCCCCGGACCCGCUGUACGACGUGCCCGCCGCCGGCGGGGGACAGACCGGCGGACCGCCGCGCCCCGGGCGCACAGUGAGCCUCCGGGAGCGUCUGCUGCUCACCCGGCCGGUUUGGCUGCAAUUGCGGGCCAACGCGGCGGCCGCCCUGCACGUGCUGAGGACCGAGCCCCCUGGAACGUUUCUCGUUCGGAAAUCGAACACCCGCCGGUGCCAAGCCCUGUGUGUUCGGCUGCCGGAGGCCAGCGGCCCGUCCUUCGUCUCUAGCCACUACAUCCUGGAGCGCCCUGGGGGAGUCUCCUUGGAGGGCUCAGAGCUCACCUUCCCAGACCUGAUCCAUCUCAUCUGUGCCUACUGCCACACUCGGGACAUCCUCCUCCUUCCGCUCCAGCUCCCUAGAGCCAUCUGCCAGGCGGCCACCCACAAGGAACUGGAAGCCAUCUCCCAUCUGGGUGUUGAGUUCUGGAGCUCUGCCCUCAACGCUAAGGCUCAGGGAGCGCCUUGUGAAGGGCCACUGCUGCCCUGGAUGAAGACCUGCUCCCCUCCAGAGGUGGACCAGGGCACUGGUACAGCUCUGUGCUUCUUCAACCCCUUGUUCCCUGGGGAUCUGGGCCCCACCAAGCGGGAGAAAUUCAAGAGGAGCUUCAAAGUGCGCGUAUCCACAGAGACCUCCAGUCCCUUGUCCCCACCGGCAGUGCCACCGCCCCCGGUCCCAGUGCUUCCAGGGGCCGCCCCCAGUCAGAUGGACAGGCUCCCUCCACGCCAGCUGCUGAGGAGGGAGAGUUCAGCGGGCUACCGUGUGCCAGGGAAUGUCAGCCCCAGCCUCGCACCCCUGCCCUCCCUCCAGGAGGUGGACUGCGGCUCCCCCAGCAGCUCUGAAGAGGAGACGCCUCCUGGGGGCCGAGGGAGCCCAGCAACCUCCCCCAGCCUGGGCCACCGGCGUCCCCUCCUCCGAUCCAUGAGCGCUGCUGUCUGCUCCCUGCUGGCACCUGAGCGGCAGGUGGACCGGAUGGCCUCAAUGAUGAUGCGGGACCGCCACACAGCCGUGGGUCAGCUGGUGCAGGACCUGCUGACACAGGUACGAGCCGGACCCAAGCCCAAGGAGCUGCAGGGAAUCCGAGAGGCACUAAGCCAGGCCCGGGCCAUGCUGAAUGCCGAGCUGGGCUCUGAGAAGCUGCUGUCACCGGAGAGGCUGGAGCAUACGCUGGAGAAGUCACUACACCGCUCCGUGCUGAAGCCUCUGCGGCCCAUCCUGAUUGCCCACCUUCGGCAUCGACUCUCAGCAGACGGCUCCCUGGGCCGUCUGACCAAAGGCCUCAGCCUGGCUCGGAUGAAGGGCCCAGGAGCCUUCGGAUCCCACCUGAGCCUGCCCUCCCUGGCAGAGGUGGAGCAGGUGCGCCAGAAACUGCUGCAGCUGCUCCGUGCCUAUUCACCCAGUGCCCAGAUCAAGCGGCUUUUGCAGGCCUGCAAACUGCUCUACAUGGCCCUGAAGACCCAUGCAGGGGAAGGUGCAGGUGCUGACGAGUUCCUGCCACUGCUGAGCCUGGUCCUGGCGCAGUGUGACCUUCCAGACCUACUUCUGGAGACUGAGUACAUGUCAGAGUUGCUGGAACCUGCCUUGCUUACUGGAGAGGGCGGCUACUACUUGACCAGCCUCUCUGCCAGCCUGACCCUCCUGAGCAGCCUGGAUCAGGCACCUGCCCUCCCCCUCAGCCCCUCCCAGGAGCUGCAGCGCUCCCUCAGUCUCUGGGAGCAGCGCCGCCUGCCAGCCACCCACAGCUUCCAGCAUCUCCUCCGAAUAGCGUAUCAGGACCCCAGUAGUGGCUGCACCUCCAAGACCUUGGCUGUACCCCCAGGGACCUCCAUUGCCACCCUCAACCAGCUCUGUGCCACCAAGUUCCGAGUGAACCAGCCUGACACCUUCAGCCUCUUCCUGUACAAGGAUCAUGGCUACCAUCGCCUGCCCCCUGGAGCUUCGGCCCAUGGGCUGCCCACCACUGGCUACCUAGUCUAUCGACGGGCAGAGUGGCCUGAGACCCAAGGGGUCUCACCUGGAGCUGCAACAGAGGAAUGCAGGGGGGCACCGGAGGCAGGGAGCAUCGAGGGGAAGGAAGGCACUCAAGAAGAUGGAGAUGCUUGGGUCAAAGCCAGCCCUGGGGACAGGGGACAAGAGACUAAGACGCCUGUCGAGGGAGGGGAGGGGCAGGCCAGGGGCGGCCCUGCUCCAUCUGAGGGGACAGAGACUGAGGGAAGGCCUGCAGUCGAGGAGUAA